AUGGAAUUCCGGUAAGCCAUGAUUUUAAAAUAACCAAGGUGAUUUAUAUCUGGCGGCAAGGUAGGUAUGCCGAUGAUUUUUUACGCCUACUUGGCAAAAAAAAGUUGCUAAAUCUCAGCGGUUUCGGCCGAAAAUUAUUCUUCAAGACUCUGGGAAGACAUAGGAAGGUCAAUUCAAGAUCUUUUUUGAAAUUUGGUCGGUUGAAAGUAGCGCGUGUCAGCUCCAGAAAAAAAUAUUUUUGUUAAGUAGGCGUAAAAAUUCAACGGCAUACAGACCUUGCCACCAGAUAUAAAUCACCUUGGUUAAAUGGUAAAUAAAAAACUUUUUGAUUUUUUUUAGUAUCAGAACUCCUAUCCAACUUCCUCAGGCAGUGGAUGGUCUUAAAGUCUUGUCCGUUUGGAAAGAAGACAAGAUUGAUUUCAUGGGAGUCUUUCAAAGUUCCGCAAAGUAUGUUUACAGGGUGUGCCAAAAAAAUGGACAGAAAGGUUUUGGCGAUGUCUGGCUCUGGGGUAAAAUGUUUGGGGCAGCCUUUUGGUCCAAUAAAUAGCGACGUUCAAACAAUAUAUUGACGAUAAGAAUGAAGGUAUAACUUUACUGCAACUUUUUUCCUCGAAGGUUUAAGUUGACCAUGUCCCGAUCGCAAUUCUCGAAAGUAUGUCCUUUGGAAAGUGAGUCAUAAAAUUUUUUUGAGGCGUCACCAAAACUUCAAAGUAGAGUCCUCCAAUUUGUUAAGACCAGUACUAUCACAUCGGAUAAGGCUUUGGCCGACUGUUAAGAGUUGUUCCCCCAACGGAGUACGUACUGAACACACGAAUUUUUAACUUUUCAGCGUCGUCAUGCUUCGAGAUAACGACAAAAAUCUAAAAUUUUGGACGAAAACUGGAGAUUUUUCGUAAAGGAUGCGCUGCAAAGUCGCCGUUGAUCCUAGCUGGCUCAAAAGGCACUACUAGUAUAAACCUGUGUCUCUUCUAUAACUUCAAAAAGUUUCAAGCCAAAACCUGCGUUUUUGGCGAAGAGCCGAGGGCUCAAAGAGGAAGCGGUGGGUUCUCGCGAAAAGUACCGUGUUGUUCCAAAGAUCUGCAAGGAUCUCGGUCAGUCCGACUUGUGCUUUCCUCCGUGCCGGAGUCUUUUCUGUCCUGGGUCUACCACUUUCUAGGAACUUCUGGAUGCUACGAGAGCGCUCAAAUGUAUCCGAAGCCCAGGUGACAGUUGUACGGAGAACACCACAACGUUAAACCAAGACAGGUCGGAAAAGAAAAAAUAGAUUUUUAAUCUCUUUUUUUAAAAAAGGAAUUUGCAAAGUGACUGCUUUGCGGUCGUAAUGACCGCUUUUUCCCUAUUCGUUACGGAAAUAGCCGUGGGGAGAAACAACUGUUUUUAAAUAUUUGUAUACAUUUUUUGGCACCCCCUGUACAUGAGAGAUUUUGUAGCGUCUUUGAUUACAGGCAAUUCGUUUUAAGAAAUGACCACGUGGAUAAACUCGACUUUGGAUCAUUUGUCUAUGACAACUAUAGUUUACGUCUUCGAUGUCGACGCAACGAAAUCACAUUUAGGAAGUUAGAUGGAUCAUCAACCAAAGUAGUUACUAAAGAUUUCAUCCGCUGCGGGGACGAGCUUUAUUUGGUUGGUAACGAUUUACUUGUCAUUGGGGAGGCCGGUUGUCAUUAUGGCGGCGUUAAAGAUGAUUGGGAAUUCUCUCCGUGUGAAGAGGGUAUUGUUCGCUUGAAUCAGACAAAUGAGUUUUACAAUAUUGUAAGUCUUACGAAGUGUUUACUUUGGAAGUUUUGCAGCGCUUGGCCAAUGCACUGUUCGGUUGUUCAAUUAAGGAGAACUUAGCAAACAAGAACAUCUUCUUCGGAGUGGCAAAUAAGCCUUCAAGCACUGCGGAUGAAAAGUACUGUUUUAGAUUUUUUUGAUGACUUAUUUGCCUGAAAAUAAUCUGAGAAUAUUAUUGCGUCGUUUUCAAAAGAGCAUAGACUUUUUUGCUUUUUAUCACAAACGCACAGUGCAUUUUUUCAAGUCUGCACUGCACUGUGAAAACGACUCAGCACAACCGCGGCGACGAGUUUGAAUGUACGGUUCGAAGCCAGGGCAAUGUGUGAAUUGCACUGUGUCAAAUGGGGUUUUCUUUCGCCCAGCCAGAUAGAUUAUGGUUGACUUUUUUUUAAUUUCAGGAAGUCCUGCUCAAAGGUUUGUUGUUCACAUUUGGGAUCUUUUUGAGUCUACUAAAGCUAACCUCUUUGAAUUUACCGGCUGUCAAAUUUAGGACUAUAAGAAGUUAAAAGAACUUUCUGGUCAAUAUUACUGGCUGCAGUGGAAGGUUCGGAUCACGUCAUUCAUUUUUGGAGUCUUGAUCAUGUCGGGAAUAGCCCCGUUUGUUAUUCUAUUUAGGACUUAUAAAGAUGUAAGUGAUACUUUUUUGACUUUUACAAUACAAUAAUUGUUUCCAUUUAGCUCCUCCGCAAAGAAAGACGACUCAUGGAACUUCAAUGA